AUGGAAAAAGGAGUACUGCUUGAGAAACUGCCCGGCGUUCAGCCAACCCCUCUACUCAGUGAUGAAGAAAUGGAUUACUAUGUGAACGAGUUUUCAAGGACCGGCUUACAUGGGCCAGUGAGCUGGUAUAGAACCCGUGAGCAAAACUGGAAGGACGAGCUAGAGCUCUUGAACAGGUUUUUGGAUAUACCAGUCCUGUAUAUCUUAGCCACGAAUGAUACUGCACUUCGGCCAGAGCUUUCGCGGAAUAUGGAGCGGAAUAUCAAACAUUUGACUAGGGCUGAAGUUGUUGCUUCACACUGGGCUCUCUGGGAAAGACCUGAAGAAUGCAAUACGCAUAUUAAAAGCUGGAUUGAAGGAGUGGUGUUUGGGAGGAAAGUGAAGCUCUAA